GCUACUUCUGAAGAGUUCAUAAUCUUGCGUUUUACUCCAUCCUGACCAACAAACAGGACCCCACCACUUGCCUACCGUAUGCUAUGCCAUCAAAAUCCCAGCAGGUGCCAACUUCCCAAACACACAGAAUAAGGGAGCGAAGGAGAUAGUUGUGAUAUUCAAUUUAAGAUAUUUUUCUCUAUUUACAAAAACCCAAAGAAAAAGUUACAAAAUUUUGCUGUCCAGAGUCUCCCAAUCAAGCUCGGGUAACUGAACUAAGGGGGUGUUUGGAUCUGAUUCUUAAAACUGAUUUUGCUCCCUAAAAGAACAGAAUCAGAAGCUGGAGUGUUUGACUGAAAGUGUAGAAGUGAUUCUGGUGCUCUAAGUUACUCCUAGAAUCAGUUUUUUUUAGAAGCUGGGGUGACCAGCUUCUGAAAACUGACUCUGAUUCUGCUUCUUCUUUAAAAAAGAAGCAGAAUCAGAAUCAGUUCCAAACACCCCUAACUCUUGAAUAUUGUAUCUUCAUUACAGAGCUCUUUUAUUUCAACACCCAUUGAGGAUACCGAAACCAGGGAUAUUUACACAAUGAAUUCAGACUCACUUUCCUUGCUAUCACCAAACAAUGAGUCCAUUCCUAUUCAUACUAAUGAGGAGGAGGAAGAAGAAACCCCAAAGUCAACCAUAGCUUUGUUUUCUUUCAACACUGAUUCUUCUCCAGUCAAUCCUUCAAACCCUGCCAUGACUACUCCCUUGAUUCUCACUUCUCUGCUUUUCACCACCUCCUUGGCUCUCUUGGCAGCCAUCAUUUUUGCCUCUCUGUACUUCUCAUCAGAUUCUUCCCAGGUUAAUCAAGAAUGGGACUGAAGCUGACUUGGGUCUAAUUCCUGUCUUCCCAUCUCUCACAUUCCCCAAUCAUUACUCUAUUGUUACUGGUAUGUACCCUGCUUACCAUGGGAUUGUGAACAAUUUCUUCAUUGAACCUAACAGUGGUGAUUAUUUCACAAUGCAAAACCAUGACCCUAAGUGGUGGCUAGCUGAACCUCUUUGGGAAACUGUGGUGAAGCAUGGUUUGCAAGCUGCAACUUCUGGCCUGGUUCUGAAGUAAAAAAAAGGUCAUUGGACAUGCCCAGACUUUUACUGUAAAAGGUAUAAUAGUUCUGUGGGGUUUCAAGAUAGAGUUGAUGCUGUUUUAAAUUACUUUGAUUUGCCAAGUGUUGAAAUCCCUUCUUUUAUGACAUUGUAUUUUGAGGACCCUGAUCAUCAGGGUCACAAAUUUGGUCCGGAUGCCCCUCAGAUCACUGAGGCUGUCACUAGAAUUGAUAGGAUGGUUGGGAGGUUAAUUCAAGGCCUUGAGACAAGAGGAGUUUUUGAAGAUGUGAACAUCAUCAUGGUAUGGUUGGCACUUGUGAUGAAAAGUUAAUCUUUUUGGAUGAUUUGGGUCCAUGGAUCCAAAUCUCAAAAGAUUGGGUUCAAUCUUAUAGUCCACUUCUUGCAAUUCAACCGCCGUCUAAUUACUCGGAUAAGGAAGUUGUUGCCAAGAUGAAUGAGGGGUUGCAGUCUGGGAAAGUUGGGAAUGGCCAGUACCUAAAAGUAUAUCUCAAGGAGGAGCUUCCUGGCAGGCUGCACUAUACGGGUAGCGACCGAAUACCUCCGGUCAUCGGAUUGCCAGAUGAGGCGUUUAAAGUUGAGCAAAAGAACACAAAUAGGAAAGAAUGUGGUGGGUCACAUGGAUAUGACAAUGCUUUCUUCUCAAUGAGGUCCAUUUUUAUCGGCCAUGGUCCUCGCUUUGCAAGAGGCCACAAAGUUUCAUCUUUUGAGAAUGUUGAGAUAUACAACUUGAUCACUAAGAUUCUCGGUUUAGAAGGUUCACCUAAUAAUGGCACAACUUCUUUUCCAGACACAGUUAUUCUGCCCAUACACUGAAAGAGCUUAUUUUCUGAUAUAUGUCUCCAUACAUUGUUUGCUUAUUUAUUCAGUUGGUGUCUGCAGAGGUUAGAAAUUUCAGCUUGUGAAUAUACAUAUGGUUGUUACUUUGAUAACUCUUGUUGUUGCCAUGCAGGUCUAGUUGUAUUUCUUUCUUUCUUUUUGGCUAUUUCUCCUACAAAUUUCAUCCAAAAGACAUGUAUAUAUGAUCACAUAUAACCAAAUCCAGUCAUCCUCAAACAAGUUUGGCGUCUCUACCUCUUCCUAAGGAAAGACACCAUGCCAGUGUCUUUGGACAACCUUGAUUUUCCUAGUGUUUCCCACUUUUAGUUUAUCGGCUAUUAUGGACAUUACAAUUUUGAUA